ACAUUUCUCCCAUGGUGCACGUUUUUCUGACCGUUCAAGGUCGACUUUCGUUUCGUUUGUGGGAUUAUGUGAGGUUCGCUGUUUUCAGCCGUAACUCUUUAAUUCGACAGCGGACCCAGGAUCUAAACCGUUCAAUGUUUACAGAUCCGUUUCUCCUCUCUUCCGUUCUUCUUUUUCUUUUUCUUCUUUCUCCAGUGGCUGAGCAUACACCCGCUUCGUUUUAAAUGCACGAGGCUCGGCCAAAAGUCGACGACAAGAUUUGCGACCCCACGAUGAUUUUGUCCAAAAGAGUUCGUCCUAGUCAUCAGGACACUUUUGGUUCCAGAACAAAGAGUAGAGAAACGGAAAGCAGAUACCCAGGCCGUCACAGCAGAAUUCCAGCUGGCGUAAGGUGUGUCAUAUUCCAGUUAAUGUCUCGUAGUCUAGCCAUGUGCGUGUACGCUCGUACAAACGCGCCCGCACAAACACACCCACACACAUACAUUUGCAAGGGCAAGACGUUGAAGACCGACCUCUACCUACAGUCUUGCCAACUAAGCGAGCCGUCCAGGCAAAACCGGUGUCGACACGCUCUCGAACCCAGUCCUCCUCUUUGCCCUUCUUUCCUCUCUUUCUCUCUCUCUUUUCUCCCUCCUGUCUCGUCCCCCCUUUUCCAGCUGUCUUUCUCUCUCUUUCUAUCUUAUGGGACUCUCUUGUGUGUUCAACACGGCCUCUUCUCCAGCACUGCUCCGUCCUUCUGCGUCCCUGCAGUCCUCGGCCGAUUCUACCUCGAUCAGUCGACCUGGCGAUAGAGAAGCCGAUCGCAUUCGUCGCCAGAGCUUCUUCGCCUGGUAGAGGGACAUUUUUUUUUUAUUUAUCCGUUCUUGACUUCAAAGUCCUGUUCUGGAAGUUGUCCCGAAAGAGGGAGAGAGACAGAGGAAGAGAGAGAAAGAGAGAGAGAGAGAGAGAGAGAGAGAAAGAGAAAGAAAGAGAGAGAAAGAGAUCUCGUAGGUCCAUGAACGCUGCUGCUGCUGCUGAAGUUGCAAACGCAAAGGCUAUAUGCACGCGUGCAGCACGAGAUGAUACGUGGAGACUUGAAGGACCAUUCCAGGUGCACCCGUGCAACGUGCAUCUACGCCCGCGAACGUGGGAGUGAAGUAUACUUGUGGAGGAUCCCGUAUUAGAGAGUGUCGAUAUAUCGAUACGCGCAGACGAAGAAUCGCCGAGCACGUUGCUUCAAUCGUAAUUGCUCCGGGUGAUGCGCUGCCAUUCGUUAUGUGCUACGUUGGAGCAGUUGCACCAUAGAUCUCAGUCAAGAAAACGCACGAUCCUGGUGACUGGACGCAACCACGAGCUGGGGAACCGGGAAUUGUGUCGAUAGUGACUUCGAGAAAGUUUGUGUCGUAAGUCGACCGACUGUUAAGUCAUCCUCUCAAACGGAUCUGAGAGCCGGGACUUCGAAUUGAUCGAGUUGCAGUUUUCAGCUAGUCGAAGAAGAAGCUGAGCGAAAGAGUAGUAAGUGAGCCCGAGUUGUGACUCGAGGAUUGAAGUGGAUCUCGACGGUGGUGUGAGGAGUGUUCGCGAUAUUGAGCUUCGAAUAGAUCGACGAGAGCGAGGUGAGGACGAGCGAGGUCGUCCCGGUGCACGGUGAUUUAAAUCGCGGUCCGGUUUCGAUGCUUUCGUUGGGCGACCGUGGCGGCUCGCUGGUCGUCAGGAACCUGUUUGCGUCGACGGCCUUCAGCGGGUUUUUGGAAAUGCGCUUCCGGUCGGCGCGGAACGCGAUGUAUUUCUGUACCGUGUGAGAGACGAGGAUACAGACGCGAGGAAAGGCAAGAAAGAAGGUGAGACCGAAAGAAACGAGAGAAGUUCCGCGGGAAGCGGCCGUCGUAGUGAUAAUUAUACACGCCGCUUGAAACUGCCUCGUUACAGAAAUUACCGCGCGUACCGAGCUUCCUCGUGAUUGUUUUCGGCACGAUGCGUAUAUCUUCAUGAUCGGUCGAGUGUACACAAAGAGUUCAUUAUAAGAUGAACGAGCGUUGCUGAUCGACGAGGUUUCCCAAGUUUCCCCGAGGAUAAACACAUUCGAGUCGUGAGAAUCGAAGCGAAACAAUCGAUUCGACAACUCCUCGUCGCUCGCUUUUUUAACCGGCAUGUCCUUUCGUCCAGUUGGAAGCGCAAAAGUUAUCUAGAAUAAAGAAAAAGAGGUAACAUCUUGAAUCUCCUGAGAAGUCAGAGAGGGAAUCAACAAGUGCGCGCAAAGAAAUAGACGAACUCGAAGGCAAUAUCGAUUACGCGGAAAUAAAGGAUAAUCCAAGAAACACGUCGGGGAGGACGAAUACGACCGGUCGAGAGAGAGAGAGUGUAAAAUUAAAAUUGAGUGGAAUUCAAUUUAGCUUAGAAUUGCCUGGGUGAAAAACUCCGGAGGAGCGUGAGAGGGCGGAAAACGAGCGAGUUUCUAUAUUACUGAGGAGGGUGCCGAGAGAUCGAGUACUCGGUGGGAAGCCGCGUGGCUUCCGAACGAAAUCGAACGCUUCACGCUACACCGCGUCCAAACGACGACGAAGCUGCAACGAAAAGCGCGGCUGCGUGGCCGAGCAAGGCGAGCAGGAGCGAGUGUCGAGUCGCGAGAGUCGGAGAGCGGAACGCAGGAGGGAAAUUCUCGUGGCAGCGAGAGGAAAAACGGGUCAGUCGUGGACCACGCGGUCAGCCGUCUGUGAAAUCGUCUGGGCAUGUGAGAGAAAUCGCGGACCAGUCAAAUUCGCUGAGGCUGCCGAGUACCAAGAGACACAGGUGGCGAUCCCGCGUCGCGAAAGGAGAGCUCGGUUUUCCGCCGAAAGGAGCAAAUUCGUCACGUGCGAGAACACGUAACGUCUGACGGAAUUGCGAAGUGUCAGCUGGACAAUUCGAUGGUUUAUGUAGGUGGAGUUUAAACAGCGACGAGAUUGAAAGAACACAACGAGCACUUUUGUCACACUUUUGUCUCGAUCGUGCGGAAAUAUCGGUGAGAAUAACGAAAGAAAACGAAUGGAAAACAGACGGAUGUACGAAUUGAUCUCUGCCUGGGACCUUUGACUGAAGUAACAGUGAAAUUGUAAGUUUUGCGCUCCUAUCAGCUCCUGUUAGCCUUCUGUCCAAAGGGAAUCAUCAUUAUUCGCCAUCCUGAGUAUUCGAAGAGCGGACGUAAAGACUUACUCUUGACAAAGUUUCUCUCUCUCUUGACAAGGCACAUCGAUGACUGAGAGCCGAUGACAUUUCCCGAUUAAGUAGCACACGGAUCCACAUCUUUUCAUUCAUCGAUCAAGAGCGACAAGACGACAGCUUCUCCUCGCAGUGACGGUUUUCUCCGCGAACAGAAUUCACAAAUUUUUACGCAAGAGCCGCGAGCCAUCGAUCGACGCGAUCGCGCCUUCACCACGUAUACGGGAGUGCAUGAUGCGAUUGCGACGGAGUCGCGGCGACCUGGUGGCUUGCGACACGCUACUUCCGCGCGACACAAUCCUGCGUGAUUCAUGAAAAAGUGGGUGUUUGGGGGAGGAGGGAUGCUCGUUGGCUCGCGAAUCGGCGGAAGUGUGCGAGGGAGCGGCCCGUGAGAAUCGUCUUGCAAGAUCGCGCGCGUACGAGGGGUUCGAGAAGACAGGUCUUCCUCGCAAGGAUGGACAGGAGCGAUAACAACGUUGUUGGGGUCGUCGGCGGAAGCGGCGGUGGCGGCGGCAGCGGCGGUGGAGGCAGCGGCGGUGGAGGCGGCAGCGUCGGCGUCGGCGGUGGCUGUCACGUGGGAAACUCCGGAUCCCCGCCGAACUCCACCUCGUCGACUCACGGCACAAUGCAUAAUUCCUCGGGCGGGUUCGACGGCCAGGCCGGGGACAGAGGCUGGGAGAUCCACCAUGUUACGGUCACCAGAGUGCCCGGUUAUGGUUUCGGUAUAGCCGUGUCAGGAGGUCGCGAUAAUCCGCACUUCACUAAUGGAGAUCCAGCAAUCGCGAUCUCCGAUGUGCUCAAGGCUGGUCCGGCUGAAGGAAAAUUGCUAGUGAACGACCGUAUCAUAUCCGCCAAUGGAGUUUCGUUGGAGGGCGCGGAUUACGGUGCUGCCGUGCGGGUCCUGAGGGAUUCCGGUUCUACCGUUUUAUUGGUUGUUAAACGAAGAGUCUUCUCGAAUUCGCCGGGUUGCUUGGGCAGCGCGGGUCCUCAGAGUCAUCGACUCACUCUCACACGAAAUAAUAAAAAAGACGACUUUGGCAUAGUGCUGGGAUGUCGAUUGUACGUAAAGGAGGUUACGCGAGAAAAUAUCGGAGUGAAAAACGGGGACGUGCUAACCCGAAUAGGCAGCGUUGCCGCCGACAAUAUGAGUCUGAAGGAAGCUAGAAAGCUGAUGGACCAGUGCAAAGACAGACUCUCGAUAGUAAUUACGCGGGACAGCUCCUGUUGCCACGCACAGCAGCAAGGUAAAGGGGAUAGCGGUGAAUACCUGUCGGGAGCGAGUUACAGUAGUCAGAACUUAUACGUUCCGCCACCUACGAGACAGCCCUUGGAGGACAAGAGUAACCUCGUGCCGAGAGGUCGUUCGCGGGGUCCGCUGAUGGACGUCUCUCUGAGCCAACUGGAUCUACCAGCUACACCCACAGUGGAUCCACCCAGGCCACCUCCGCCCAGGCCGGAAGAUUAUUAUAGCACGCGUAGACAACUGUACGACGAAGAUUCGGUCUCGCCUCGGUCCAAGCAGCCUAUGCCGGAUCCUCGAUUCAUUACCUUCCAAAAGGAAGGAUCCGUAGGAGUGCGAUUAAGUGGCGGUAACGAAACCGGGGUCUUCGUGACUGCAGUUCAGUCGGGAAGUCCCGCGUCACUUCAGGGUCUUCAGCCAGGAGAUAAGAUUUUAAAGAUAAACGACAUGGAUAUGAAAGGAGUUACCAGGGAGGAGGCUGUACUUUUUCUUCUCAGCUUACAAGAACAGAUCGAUCUUAUCGUGCAACAUCGUCGUCAGGAGUACGAUCAGAUCGUUGCAUCCGGUAGAGGAGAUUCUUUUCAUAUAAAGACACAUUUCCAUUACGAGCAACCGCAGAAAGGCGAGAUGAGUUUUCGCAGCGGAGAUGUCUUUCACGUAGUGGACACUCUUCACAACGGUGUCGUAGGAUCUUGGCAGGUCUUCCGGAUCGGACGUAACAAUCAGGAGGUGCAGAAGGGCAUCAUACCCAAUAAAGCUCGGGCCGAGGAGCUCGCAACCGCGCAAUUCAAUGCGACGAAGAAGGAGAUGAGCGCCAGUGAGAGCAGAGGUAGCUUCUUUAGAAGAAGAAGAAACAGCCAUCGGCGAUCGAAGUCUCUGGGAAGGGAUCACUGGGACGACGUGGUGUUCUCCGACAGCGUCAGCAAGUUCCCAGCUUAUGAGCGCGUGAUCCUGAGACAUCCUGGCUUCAUCAGACCCGUCGUUCUCUUUGGGCCCGUAGCCGAUCUCGCCAGAGAGAAACUUCUCAAGGAUUUCCCCGAUAAAUUCACCUCUCCGCAAAUGGAAAGCCAAAUGGAGGAUGGCGCGGGGAAGAACACCAAAACGUCUGGCAUCAUCCGCUUGAGCGCAAUCAGAGAAGUGAUGGACCGAGGAAAACACGCGUUGUUAGACAUCACUCCUAAUGCUGUAGACCGAUUAAAUUACGCUCAGUUUUAUCCGAUUGUCAUCUUCCUGAAGGCCGAGACGAAGCAAGUUAUCAAAGAAAUGAGAGCUGGCAUACCAAAAUCAGCGCAUAAAAGCAGCAAGAAGCUUUUAGAGCAGUGCCAAAAACUCGAUAAGAUCUGGGGACAUGUUUUCAGUGCGGUGAUUACUCUCAAUGCUCCUGAAGCUUGGUAUCGGAAGCUCAGAGAGCUCAUCGACCGCCAACAACAAGGUUCACUUUGGAUGAGUCAGACUAAGCCGGAAGAAGCCCUCUCGGAUGACUUCCUAUUCCCGAUGACUUCUCGCCUCUCCUACGCUUCCUCCCCGGAGAGUGACCUGGAGUUGAGUCCGGCAACCGUUAUUUCUGGCACGUUGGGCCCGCCAUCGCGACUCAAAAGCAGCUCGGAUCCCAGCAUUGCUACUCAAGAUGACACAACCGCACCGCCGCCAUAUUCAACGAAUUAUCAGCAGUCAUUCGAGCAGCAGAAAAGAAGGUCCCAAGGCGGUGUGGGAGACAGCAAAUAUGGCUUCUCCCUGUCCGGACAAAUGAGCAAUCAGUCCGGCUCGCCGGAAUACCUGGGCGGCUCCUUCGAGCCUAGAUCUCCUCAUCAUAACCCUCCGGACCUUCCGCCGCGAGUCGACCGAAACGCGAAGCCAACUAACCAAACGCCGCGGGGGACCAUCGGACGAUCCGCUCAAGAGCGUCUAGUGAACAAAACCGAGUCGAUUUUGGACAUGGGAAAUUAUAUCAAUGCUACUCCGCACAAAGCGAACGCCACGUCAUCCCUCGAAAGGGCGCAACCGAAAGCGGGGAGUUACGACAGCAUGUCUUCCUACGAUUCGUACAACAAUACGAAUGGGAACGCGAGCUACGGCGCGCCGAAUCUCAACACAUCGACGGGUCGCUUGGGCCCGAACGUACCCGAUGAUCUCAAGAGCAGUAGCAUGCCAGCGAGAGCGCACGAUCCGUAUCGAUUCACCAGGUCUACGGCUCAGCCGAUCCCUACGCAUGAUGCUCAAACGCGGACUGAUUAUGCCAAGUACAGUCGAUCUACCGAUUACAAGUCGAUACCGAUUCCACAAAACAAACCGGGAGGUACUUACAAGCCGAUUCCGCCACCGAAGCCGAAAAAUUACAGACCACCGCAAACAACGCUCGCGCAGACAGAUAACAGCAGUAACGAUGGGAAUAAUUCGUAUCAGCACUCGAAGAGCUAUUCCAUCGCCACGUCUCACGUGCACAAUGGGGUAGACAGUAGCAACAACGUUCAACGCAACAGCGGCCAGUAUUACUACAACAUUCCGCCGCCCGGCCGUCACAAUGAGAGCAAUCUCGUGAAUUCGCACCACAAUCUAAGUCAUCUCGCGCCGCCGACACACAGUCACAGCCUCAGUCACACGCAUUCGCACUCCAGCCCACCUGUCACCACCACGCAUUCCCACAGCAACAGCGCGGGUCAGAUCAAUCUCGGUCUGACGCACAAUCGCAGCAGCACAAAUCACAAUGGGUAUAUGCACGGUAACAAUCACGGGCCGGCAGGCCCGAUCUACCCCUCCGUUAAUCCCGGACACAACAGGGAACCCAGCGGCCUGGACCUCGCUGGCAGUCGGGAGCAAAGAGGGAGUGCUUUCGAGCUCUAUCGAAAGCCGGUUCAUAAUUACAAUAUAAGUUAACGUGUAUCCUGAUGCAAGACUUAUUAUUACUAGGACGAAUUAAUCAAUUUCUCGGAGCGCGGUAAAGUGAAUCGUGCAAUUUUGUAGGACAUAGAUAAUAGACUAUGGGUGAUUAUGAUUGCAAUUAUGAUAUUGCGAGAUGUAUUGUCGAAAUAUGGAUAGAGAUACGGAGAAAUUUGUCUUUCGACUCAUACAUAGGGAUCCUGAGAUGCCAAUAAUAUAAGUGAGACGUUUCUGCAAUUUUACAAACACAAUAAUUAGCUAAUUAGAUAUUCUAAGCACAAAGAGCAGAUUUAGCUUAUAUCGUGACGUACUUGAUAAUUUGUUAUCAAAACAAACGUAUAUAUUAGAGCAGCGUACCCUAAAGACUGUCAUUCGCGAUUUCUCAAUUACAAUCGAUUUCUUUUGUACGUAUACAUGAUGAUACGAAGACACGCAAAUUGUACGUGUGAUUUAUGUGUAUUCGACACGGAUACAAAGGAUUAAAGAAAAGAUAUCAAAAGAUUUUUAAGGAAAUAUAUUGCCAAGUGUAAUGUAUAAACAUAACAAUAAUUCGUUGUUCACACGCGAAGUAGAGAUUUACAUCUUGCUACAAUUCUAUGAGCCAUCAUAAGUUAUAUUUUUUUUGACAAUUUUUUACCGAAACUAUUAAGAUGAAAAAUGGAAAUCUUACGAAAAUAUUAGAAAAUUAUAAAUAUAUUGCGAAAAUUCAGAAAUAUAUUGCUAAACAUUAACGUAUAUAAAUAAAUGUUAUAUCAUCGUGAAUAUAUUUAAAAAAUUGUAAAUUUUUUUAGUGAUACACGAAGAAAAAUUUGAAAGUUCACAAGUGUCAUUUAUGAAUGUACUAUGAUAUUUUUUUUAAGUAAGCGAUGAAAGGAAAGAUACUUAAGAUUCGUAGAAUAUAAUGUAUUCGUUAUUAAGGUACAUGUGAUUUGAGGAUGAUAGAUUUCUCGGAUAUAUAUAUAUUUUUUUUUUGGGAGGUUAAUGCCCUUUCCAGCCGAGCCAGGCUUUAUGGUUAUUUAUUAUAUAGGCCGUAUCGCGCAUCAUUAUUAUUAUAAACCAAAUGACUUUUCCACGUUUAGGUAUCGUUAGCAUAAAGUCGAAGUUUCAUAAAGAGCUUAUAUUAACUGUAAUAACGUGCGUCUCUCGUAACUAUUAGAACUUCGCCAUUAUAUGUGCUGAUAAUCUUUUUAUAUCACAGUUAAAGCGUAAACAGAUUAUACUGCUGUUAACGAAAUGCGGGUUGGAUUACGUUAUAUUAUGUAACUGAUAUUGUGCGAACAUAACUAGUAAUAAAAAACAAAAUUUGUUUAUUAUUAAUGCGUUCAAGUAUUAAAUCUAAAUAUAUGCGAAAUAUGAUUUCGCGUUAUCUUAGCGAGAUUAUUAGAGUUGUUGUACCAACUUUAUAUAAAUAAUUAAAAAAAAAGGUAACAAAAAGUAAAACGUGACUAGAAAAAUAUCCGGGUCUAGCGCAGUUUUUCUUUUUUGUGCAAGAAAAUGAAUGACAAACGACGAAGAAACUAAGUGAUCGAGUAAAAUAUUGUAUAUUCAUAUAAUUUCUGUAUAAUUAAUUAAUGAAUAUUUAAAGCGCUUAUAUUAAUUGA